AUCGAGCGACCUUUACUUUUGCAAUCAAACAUCGAUAAGUUCCAAACAUCAAAACAAGUUGAUUUUGUUGCCUUGUUAUUUCUCUUUGCCAAAAUGAGUGAUACUAAGCAUUUAACUACGGGUUCUGAAAAGCCCAUAUUCCCGGAUGAUGGGGUCUUGAAGUUGUAUUCGAUGCGCUUUUGCCCAUAUGCACACCGUGUGCACCUUGUUUUGGACGCCAAGAACGUGCCGCACCAUGACAUUUACAUCAAUCUUCGCGAAAAACCCGAGUGGUUCCCGCAGGUGAGCAGCUCCUCGAAGGUGCCGGCUUUGGAGCUGGUAAAUGAACCGGGGAAUCCCGUGCUGAUCGAGUCGCUCAUCAUUUGCGACUACCUGGACGAAAAGUAUCCGGAGGUGCCCCUGUAUCCCAAGGAUCCGCUGAAGAAGGCCCAGGAGAAGAUUUUGAUCGAGCGCUUUGGGCAGUUUAUCACCGCCUUCUACCGCCUGGUGCUCCAUGACAAUCCCGACCAGCUGGGCGACACUGACCACUAUGCCGGAUUGGACAUUUACGAAGAGGAGCUGAAGCAACGUGGAACUCCGUUUUUUGGCGGUUCCCAGCCGGGAAUGCUGGACUAUAUGAUUUGGCCCUGGUGCGAGCGUUUUGCCUCCUUAAAGAUUAGCAUGGGUAAUAGCUACGAACUAAAUCCCCAGCGUUUUGCUUCUUUGCUUAAGUGGCGCGACUUGAUGCUCCAGGAUAAGGCAGUCAAAUCUUUUUAUUUGGAUGGACAAACCCAUGCCAAAUACAUGAGUACCCGCCGAGCGGGCAAAGCAGACUACAAUAUGCUCUUCAAUGAAGCCAAGCGUGCCAAAUUGGAGUAGUCAUAAAAGAUAUUAUAUUAUACAUAUCAGCAUGUACAUAUUAUGAAGUUUAAUUUUGAUUGUACCUAUACAUACAUAUAGCAGCAUUAUUGUGAUUGAAAAAUAAAUGAAUUUUCAAAGCAA